AUGGAACACACUGGCAGUGCGCCUGCGAAAGACUUCACCGUCACCAUAGUCGGCGGUGGCAUUGGUGGUCUAAUCCUCGCAAUUGGCUUGAUCCGGCGCAAUGUGCCAGUGCAAAUCUACGAAGCAGCCGCCGCCUUUGGAGAGACAGGACUGGGACUAUCCAUUGGUCCUGCAGCGCAUCGUGCAAUGCCUCUUAUCGACCCGUAUAUUCGGGAGAUCUACGACUCCCUGGUCACGACACACGCAGACUCCCCUGGCUAUGAGGAGUUCCGACAGACUUGGUUUGAGGUCGUAUGGGCGACAGGUCCCCACGCAAAUGAGGUGCUUAUGAACUUGAAAGCACUGCCUUCCGGCCAGACAUCGGUGCGGCGGGCGGAUUUUUUAGACGCUUUGGUGGGCAUGGUCCCCGAAGAAGUGGUACACUUUGGCAAACGGCUGCAAAAGAUGGAGGAGAUUGAGAAUGGAGUCCAACUAUGCUUUGAGGAUGGUACGAGAGCUACUGCAGAUGUGGUCGUCGGGUGCGAUGGUAUCAAGUCUAAAGUGAAGGAAUUCGUCCUAUCGCCAGAGGAAGUGGAACAGACAAAGCCGAGGUACAGCGGCAUGUACAGCUAUCGCGCGGUCUUGGACAUAGAUACCAUGAUUGAAGCUGUGGGAGAUCGAAGAGCAAGGUUGUCGUCGUGGUAUAUUGGCAAGGGAGGAUACGGGAUAACGUAUCCCAUCCAAGGGGUCAAAAAGGUCAAUGUCGGUCUCUAUACGUUUAGUGAGACCUGGGACAGUGAGACAUGGAUUCGAGAAGCCAGCAGAGAAGACAUGCAGAAGGAUUUCGGUCACAUGGGCGAAUAUGUCAACAAGUUGAUGAAAUACAUGCCAAGCCCUUCUCAAUGGGCUGUCUUCGAACACCCAAACAUUUCCACAUUUUACAAGUCCCGAGUGGCAAUCCUAGGAGAUGCAGCUCAUGCAUCAACACCGCAUCAAGGCGCCGGGGCAGGGCAAGCCAUCGAAGACGCUCACGUCCUAGCAGAACUUCUCGCUGAUCCUUCCGUGACGAGCCAAGAGCACGCCAUGGCAGCUUUCCACGCCUACGACGCGAUAAGACGGCCGCGAAGUCAGCGCGUCGUUGCGAGCAGUAAGGAAAAUGCCGAGGUUUUGUGCCUCAUGUUCGAGGGCAUUGGCGAUGAUGCAGAGAAACUGAAGCAGACUUGGCGAGAGCGAUUCCGCUGGUUAUGGGACAUUGACUUACCGGAGCAGGUAGAAGAUGCGCGAAGAGUCAUGAUGAAAAAAAUGGGUGAAAUAGUUUAA